CCGAAUAGCAACUGGUGUGUUUCAUUGUGUGCAUUACACGGGGUUGUACUUUAGACAGAGCAGAAUUCAAACGUUUCUUCAAUCUAAACAAGGAAUAAUCAUGGUUACGGUAGACAAGGAUGCUCUGUUCGACGAACUCUCAAAAAACUUUCCAGCUGCAAACUAUUCAGCCUUUUGCAACAAAAUUGGCGUGGGCUACAAUGAAGCUAAGAGCAUGCUGACGAGAUGUAAGGAGGAUUACAACGUGGCUCUGAGAGACCUUCUAGCUCAAUGGGAUCAAAGGAUGAAGAAUGCGACCAGGGAACAACUAGAAGAUGCCCUGGUCGGAGCAGACGUCGGUGGACUCUGUUCCAUUGUGAGGAAACAUUAUGCAAAGGCUUCCACUGAAGUGGUAGCCGCCCGGGUAGCCGCCACGGGAGUGGUAUCCGGAGAUGGCUCUGUUCACAAUGCUGGAAAUCGGGUUAUUAACCAAUCAGACAGAUCGGACUCGGUACAUACGGAUCAAGGAGGUAACAUACAUAGUCAACAGUAUCUUUCUAAUCACUUUUGUUUCCAUUUGUGUCAUCGCUUCUGCUUCAUUUCUCGGAAUACGUCUGCCGCUUCGAAAGAGGAUACUGGUGACAUUGUUCAAAGAGGCGAACAGGUCAGGAACCAAGCUGAACAAGCACCUACAGUGAGAAAAAGAGUAUCCAAUAGUACGUCUGCUGCCGCAGUGGGAGACGAUGAAGAUGAUACCAUUGCCUAUAAUAGAGGAGGAGGAGACAACUCAAAGAGGGAGACACAGCAAGUGCCCGCAGUGAAACAAAGAGGAGAUGACCUUGACCCCACAUCAAAUAUUAAAAUGGAACGAAUUACGGAGACGAAAGAUGGAAAUAGAUCAACGACGACCUUCAUCUGGACUGGAAUUAGUAAAGAACAGAUUAUCUAUCUAGGUAUUUUUGCAUGUGUUGGUGUCGGUCUGUUCUUCUUAAACCGUCGCAAGAAUUAACGAAGAUUCUACGCUGGAUAUUGAAAUAAAUCAGUGGACAUACUAGUACUACAACAUUAUUUCCUUUGUUGCUGCUACUAUUCUACUACUAUUACAACGUGAAUUUACAGGGCUUGGUAUCCAUAAUUUUCAUAGUUAAUAAUUCGGUUGUAUAUACACUUUAUUCUGUACCACACAUAGCUUAUCAUGUAAUUUUAAAUUUAUUAUGCUAUAGUCGUGCCUUUAAUAUUCCUUGGCAGUAGAUUUUUUCUUAAUUUAAACAAAUCUUUAUUCAGAUACAAAAUCAUGGAUGACAUCUUACAUAAUUAUUAACAACAAGCAAAUCAUCACCUGUUUCAAUAUUAUCAAAUUAUAUAUUUAUUAUAAAUGCAUUUUCUGUAAAUCAUUAAUUAUCUUCAUCCACGUAGUAGUAUUCACAUCUGUUUUCUUAGUUUAAUUUUUCAAACUUCUAGUCUGUAUUUUAACAUAAACAAGAAAUAUUUCCCUUUUAUUUUCGCUGCUACAUUUUUAUUAAAUUUAUUCACAACACACGCUUUAUAAGUUGCAAAUAAAGCAUAAUCGAGUAGUAAAUUCAUAUGUGUAACAUUUUCAUUUGCGUCAUGAAAACCAUAUACAACAGAAAUGAGUGAAAAUCUAAACAUUUUACAGGAGUUACAUAAUAAUAUUUCAAUAAUAUUCCAAAAUAGAUAAAUCUUUCGCAUUAAAAAACUACAGGCGUUAUGGUACAAGUUUUAGUUACAGUAAUAACAAAAAUCGUUUUCUUUGAGUUUCCAUUUGGAAAAAUUAACAGGUGUUGGCAAAAUAUUAUACAUACAUUUGAAGUUGAAUUGAAUCAAGUAAUUAUCACGAACAUAUUUCAAUUUAAAAAACCACAAAGGACCCUUCUUAAUAUAGAAAUUUGCCUGCAAAGUUUUAUUCUAUAAAUCUACCGCCCUAUGUAUAAGUUCCGUGUAGAUUUGUUUUACAGUAACACAAUGUAUUGAUUACUCAAAACUGUUC